AUGGCCACGCCAACAACACCCGAAACAGCUUCACAUGAAGACACUCCACCAUUCACUUUUGAACAAGCUGUUGAAAAGCAUAAACAGGAAGAUUCCACCAUAGUGAUCCUUCGCUUUCGAGCUAUUGGCAACGCACCUAUCCUAAAGACACCUUAUCGAAAAGUCAAUGCCACCUUCACCGUUCAGCGUGUAAUCAACUUUUUACGUAAAGAGUUAAAGUACAAGGACAUCGAUCCCUUGUAUGUGUACAUCAAUAGUGCAUUUGCACCGGCACCAGAUGAGACCAUGGGAACUUUAUUCAAGUCAUUUAGCACAGAUGGUCAACUCAUAAUAAAUUACUGCACAAUGGCAGCUUGGGGAUGA